GCAGCAGCAGCAGGACUGAAGUGAAGAGAAAGUGAAAGUAGAUCUGCUUCCGCUCUGGAAGAUCAAACGGAGAGACGAUUAGAAGAUUUGUGGAUUAAAAGCUGAAACUCGCUCUUAUUAUUAUGAUCAGACUGUUAUCAGAUAAAAAGCUGAUAUGAGCUGCUUUAAAAUGUGGACAUAUUUCACCUGAAUCAGACAAAUGUCUGAGUGAAGAAGAUCAAAGAAAAAGAUAAAGAUGGCAGCUCCAAGCACCAGUGAGUUUAAACUCACUGGACCUCAAGAUGACGAAUGUCAGUCUGGUUCUGUUACUCUCUCGUGUCUCCUGUCUCCUGAACUCAGUGCUGUUGGGAUGGAGAUCAGGUGGUUUAAGGGGACGGACUGUGUUUGUCUCUAUAAGAACAGACAGGUAACAGAGGGGAGGAGCUACGAGGACAGAGUGAGUCUGAUCACUCAGGAGCUGCAGAGAGGAAACGUCUCCUUACAGAUCAGAAACUGUGACCGGUCUGAUACUGGAUAUUACCUGUGUCAGGUCACAGAUGGAAACACAACCGAGGAGUGUACAAUAGGAGUGUUUGGUAAGUGAAUAUGAAGACCCAUGUAUAUUAACUCAGUUUCAGUAUAAGUGGUCAAAUCGCAUAAUAGAAAAGUUAGUAUGAAAUAAAUCUCAGUGGGUCAAGAUUUGCCAUUCACGUAAUGUCAAAUCAGCGUUGCAUGGUUGUUGCUUCCCCUUCUCCUAACACACCUGAUUUAACUAAUAAAAGAGCACUCAGAGCUGGACUGGAGGUUGUUGGUGAACUCUGGCCUGUGCAUUAUAGGCCUAUAGAGAACAUGUUUAACAUUUUCAUACAAGUGAAAAAUUGUAGUAGUCCACUUAGAUUGCCUUAUCCCAACCAGCCUCAGGAAUGUCCUAUUUGUUCAAAUUUGUUUUUCCAAUAUUUCUUGAUGUUUUAGUUAAUAUUAGUAUUGAUACAGCACAGUUGAUAAACUCAUCCUCUGUGUUUAGCCAUGUGUCAUGUGUGCCAAUCAUCUGCCUCUAAUCUGUAAUUGAUAGAUUUGUGUUUCCAUCUAUAUUUUGUAUGAAACUGACCACUGAACACUCAGGAAAUCACUAAGAACCUAU